UCCCUCCGUUCCUCCGAGGGCUGCUGGGUGUGUGGUCUUCGGCCUGGACCAUCUCUCGCCAUCGGGGCCGCCCGAGGCCUUUACAGAUUCUAGAAGAUGGCAAAGUUCAUGACACCUGUGAUCCAGGACAACCCCUCGGGUUGGGGUCCCUGUGCGGUUCCUGAGCAGUUUCGGGAUAUGCCCUACCAGCCGUUUAGCAAAGGAGAUCGACUAGGAAAGGUUGCAGACUGGACAGGUGCCACAUAUCAAGAUAAGAGGUACACGAAUAAGUACUCCUCUCAGUUCGGUGGUGGAAGUCAGUAUGCUUAUUUCCACGAGGAGGAUGAAACCAGUUUCCAGCUGGUGGACACAGCACGCACACAGAAAACCGCCUACCAGCGGAAUCGGAUGCGAUUUGCACAGCGGAACCUCCGCAGAGACAAAGAUCGACGGAACAUGUUGCAGUUCAACCUGCAGACCCUGCCUAAGAGCGCCAAGCAGAAGGAGAGAGAACGCAUACGACUGCAGAAAAAAUUUCAGAAACAGUUCGGAGUGAGGCAAAAAUGGGACCAGAAGUCACAGAAACCCCGAGACUCUUCAGUGGAAGUCCGUAGUGACUGGGAGGUGAAAGAGGAAAUGGACUUUCCUCAGUUAAUGAAGAUGCGCUACUUGGAAGUGUCAGAGCCUCAGGACAUGUAUUACGUGUCCCGGUACCACGUGAAAGACUCCUCACGCCACGUCAUCUUGGGCACCCAGCAGUUCAAGCCCAAUGAGUUUGCCAGCCAGAUCAACCUGAGCGUCGAGAACGCCUGGGGCAUCCUGCGCUGUGUCAUCGACAUCUGCAUGAAGCUGGAGGAGGGCAAGUACCUCAUCCUGAAGGACCCCAACAAGCAGGUCAUCCGCGUCUACAGCCUGCCCGACGGCACGUUCAGCUCUGAUGAGGACGAGGAGGAAGAGGAGGAGGAGGAGGAGGAGGAAGAAGAGGAAGAAACUUAAACCAGACGGUGACGCGGAGCUGGAAUUUGUCCCACUGAGCCUAGAAGGGCAUCCAAGGCCUAGCAGGAUGCUUGUUUGCUUGCUUGCCCUCUGGAGUUGAACAGGGAGAAUAAAGUGUAACUGUUCAGUCUCUUACCU